GCCAUGGCAGCCUCUGCUGACCAGUGUGCCGACAUUGGAUGCCACGCCAACUGUGGCUUGAUGAUUAUUGAGGGCCAGAGGUGCUCUUUGAACACCACCACGGCUUUCUGGGGACCUCACAACACGACGUGCUUAUGUGAGCCAGGGUCUCCAUUCUUGAACUACUACCCUGGAUGCAUGAACUGUGGAUGGACCUUGUGGAAGUACUACGGAGCGUAUGUGACAGACGCGCUGCGUGCAUGU